AUGUCGAUCAUGGAAUACAACGGUGGCUCCGUUAUAGCCAUGGUAGGGAAAGAUUGUGUCGCUAUUGCUUCGGAUUUGCGGUUAGGAAGUCAAGCAUUGGGAAUAUCUUCAAAUUUCCAGAGAAUCUUUCCUGUAACUGAUCGGGUAUAUGUUGGCCUGCCUGGAUUGGCCACUGACGUGACGACACUUCGGGAGCGCUUCCGCUAUCGGGUCAAUAUGUAUACUAUCAAGGAGGAGAGAGAAAUAGAACCAGAGACGUUUGCCCACCUGGUUUCCUCAACGCUCUAUCAGCAUCGGUUUGGCCCUUACUUCAUCGAACCAGUUAUGGCUGGCCUAUCGAAAACGCCUUCUGGAGGUUUCAAGCCCUUUAUCGCAGCCACAGACCUCAUAGGAUGUCUAAACUUUGCAAAAGACUUUGUGGUAGCUGGUACAGCGAGUUCAAAAUUGUUUGGUGUAGCAGAGGGUCUUUGGGAACCAGAUUUGGAGGCAGAAGAUCUGUUCGAAACCAUCUCGCAAACGCUUUUAAAUGCUGUUGAUAGAGACGCGUACUCUGGUUGGGGAGCAAUUGUCCAUGUCAUUACCAAGGACAAGAUCAUCACGCGUACACUGAAAGGUAGAAUGGACUAG